UUUCACUGUUUUUUGGUGUUUUUCGUUUUGUUUUGUCUAUUUUCUAACACCGCAGUCACUACAGAGUACAGACAACAAGUACAGUUAAUAUAUAGAAUAAAAAAUAAGUACUUAGCACGGAAUGUAUUGUACAUUACCUGGCAUGCUGUGUGACUGGUGAAGAUUUGGAAAUUUAAAAGCUUCAGAAUUUUUCAUCUUUAAGGGUAUCCUUUACUUGCAUUCCAGGUUUGCAUUGCAUUUGCGGAAUCUGGAUGCUUGUUAGUUGUUAGUAACUUGUUACAGCUUGUAUUUUAGAUUUCUAUCGUAAUUCAGACUGAUCCGGUUUUGGCCUUCGUAGGCUUCGUCUGAGUGGUGCCUUCGUCUCUGAUUAACGCAAAGCUUGAAAGAAAACUUACAAUGGCUCAUGCUGCUGGCCAUGGAAGAACGACUUUAACUGGUGGAAACAAGGAGAACGUUCUCAAGACACUAAGCAAGAAACAAAAAGAUGACGUUAGAAGUAUUCAAGACAAUUUUGCGGAAAUUCUCAAGCUUGUCAAGGUUGAAGACGAACGCGGAAGUUCUGUACGAGUACAGACGGUAGAACAGGAGCAACUGGAAUUGGGAAUUCGCGCUACGAAUUUGGUCCGUUGCGCAGAAUCGUUGAUGAAACUUAACGAAGAUCUGAAAAAAUAUUUCUUCCUGAACGAUUUUCCCUUUAUAAGCCAAUCGGUACAAAAGGCCAGGGAGGCAGCAAACGCUGAUAUAAAAAACUCUCAGUCUCGCAUGAUGAGUGUUUAUCGCGAAAUGCAAGCAGAACUCCAUGAUCUCGAGGAUGAGUAUGGUUCCGUAUGGUACAUCAAAAAUUCUAAUCCCACGAAGGAAAAGCCAGCUAAUGGUGAUCUUUGACGACACUGCGUAUAAGAUUACAAAAAGAAGUGAAUUCAUACUGAGCAUUUUUAUGGAUGAUCUACUCUUUCCUGUGAUACUUACUAUUUUGUUUCUUAACAUUGCGGCUGAACGAACGAUCGAUUUAAACAGCUUUGAUUUUUGGGCGCGCUCCUUCAUUGGAUUAAUGGUGUUUCUAUUUUUUCGUGUUUUAUUAUUUUGGAAACAUUGAAUUUCAGCAUUGUCGCUCUGGUGUGAAAUAAAUCGAAAAGCGAAAU